UUCUCUCAAACCACAUCAAUAAUGUCAACGCAAGAGACCCUUCCCCUACCAUCGCCUCCGUUCUUCUCAGUCCCCAACAUCAACAAUCUCCGCGAUGCCGCCGUUCCUCUGUCCACUCCUCAUGGCCCCCUCCGCCCAGGCAUUCUCUUCCGCUCCGCAGAAGUGUCAAAACUAGACCGCUCAGGCUGGGACGCUGUGCACUCCAUCGGUGUGGCGCACGUCUUCGAUCUGCGCAGCAAGCCCGAGGUAGAGAAAGGCUUGGCGAGUAUCGUAGCCAAGGUCGAUGGGGGCGAAGAUGUGCGGCUGGGCUGGAUGCAGGCCAUGGAAGCUGCAGGUGUGCAGAGGACGUGGGUCCCCGUCUUCGCAGAAAAAGAUUACAGUCCGGAAAAGUUGGCGGAGCGGUAUGUUAAGUAUAUGGAUCGCAGCGUUGCGGGCUUCAUGGCUGCGUACCGCGACAUUUUGAGGAGUGGAGGGGAUGCGUACCGGACCAUAUUCCUCCAUCUUGCGAGUCUGCCACCGGCUGAAUCGAGCAAGACGGAGGAGGGGAAUGGAGCGGAUAAGUUGGGCGCAUUGAUUCACUGCACAGCCGGCAAAGACCGGACAGGCGUCUUUUUCGGCAUUCUAUUCGACUUUCUUGGCGUUCCGCGCGAGGAGAUUGCAGACGAGUACAAUCUCACCGAACUCGGUCUUGCUAGCGUCCGCGAAGACGUCGUAGCGCGCCUCCUGCAAUCGCCCGGGUUCCAGAAGUACAUGCUCAGUCUGACGUCUGGAAAACAGCUGAGCAAGGGAGAGAUGGCCAAGCUGGUGGAGAACAGAGAUGUACAGGACGGACCGGCGGUCGAGUUUCCACCUGAGGUCAGAGAGGAGGGGAGACAGGCGGCGCUGAGGAUGGUGGGGGCGCGGAAAGAGAGUAUGCUCGCUACGCUGGAGAUGGUGGAUCGGGAGUUUGGGGGAUCGGAGAAUUAUAUGAGAGAGGUAUGUGGGCUGAAUGAUGAGGAUCUGGAGAAGUUGAGGAGGGCUCUGGUUGUGAAGAAGUGA